AUGUCUGCCUCAGACAAGAUUCUAAUCCACAUCCUACAAGAGACAAGAGUUCCACCAAGGAACAUAAUGAAAAUAUUCAGGAAAACAAGGGGGAGCUUCAGGGCUGUUCCAUUUGAUACAAAAAACCUAGAAAACGAGCUAGCGAAAGAAAGAAAGAAAAUCAAGAACAGGGACAUUGAAGAGUUACUGGUACUAUUCAAGGAAGCACGUGAAAAAAUGCCUGGAUUCAGACAUUCGAUAGAUGUUGACAGCGAGAAUAGAGUGAAAAGCUUAUUUUGGACAGACCAAAUAAGGAGGGCAAACUACUCAAAGUUUGGUCAAUUUGUAUCAUUUGAUACAACAUUUUCAACCAACCAGUAUGGGAUGCCAUUUGCUCCAAUAAUAGGGGUUGAUAACUAUGGCAAGACAGUUGUGUUUGGAGUAGGAUUGCUGGAGGAUGAGAGAGCAGACACAUUCAAGUGGCUGUUCGAGGAAUUCCUGUCUGCCAUGGACAACAAGCACCCAGAAACUAUAAUAACAGACCAAGACGUUGCAAUGCGGAUUGCAAUAUCUGAAGCAUUACCUUACACAGUCCACCGUUUCUGCAACUUCCACAUCAGCAAGAACCUGGAUGACAAGUUGUCCCUAUUCUUCGCAGUAAGAGGGACUCUAAAGGAAGAGCUAAGGGCAGUUAUAAGGAACUCAUUUACUCCAGAAGAAUUUGAAAAUGACUGGCAUGCUCUACUAGAUAGUCAUAAUGCAUUGGGAGAGCCACACCUGGACAGAAUAUAUGACAUCAGAGAUCAGUGGGUCCCAGCAUACUUCAAAGAGAACUUCUUCCCAUUCACUUCAUCGACAGGAAGAAGUGAGAGCACAAACUCCUUGUUCAAACACUACGUAAAAAGGAAAGAUUCGAUUGCAACAUUCUUCAAGGAAUAUAUCAUAAUACAAGAAAAGAAACAGUCCGACCUAGAUCGCCUAAGAGAGAAAAGUGAGUUCAAGGAGUCUGUAAACUGGGGAUUCAACCCAAUUGAAAGAGAAGCUAUGAAAAUCUACAGAGACCCAAUAUACGGCAAGUUUGCUGAAGAGCUAAGGAAGUGUACUACUUACAAUGUUGAAGUUGUGGAAGAGAAGAGACUAUACAGAGUGAUUAGGGUGACUAACUAUAGGACUGCAGAGUUCCCAAGAUCAACAUAUAUGGUUAGUGUUUCUCCUGAUGAGGAUGUGUACAAAUGCUCGUGCUCAAAGAUGGCUUGUGAUGGAAUACAAUGCUGCCAUGUCAUGAGGGUAGUUACACAUAUUGGUUUGACUGAGCUUCCUGUCAGUUUCAUCAACCCUAGAUGGACUACUGCAGCUGGGAUAGAGGUAGCACGAUUGACGGAGAGAAGAAGCAAUACAGCAUCACAGAACACACACUUGGCUGUUAGACACGCAAUUGAAAUGAGCAAAAUAUCACACAUACUAUCUACUGUCUGCACGGAUGAUAGGUCAUACGACUUGUUUGCUGAAGGAGUUGCUGAACUGAAGAAAGCUAUAUGCAAAGAUGCAAUUGAACGCCUCCAGAUGAAAGAAAAGGUCACACGUAAGAGGAAAAAAGUUGAUGACCCAGUUCAACAAGAUACUGACAAUGUGCGUCAUGAAGAAAGAGAAGACAACAAUCAUGGACACAACAGUGAACAGAUACACCCUGAAGAGAAAAAUUCAAGUGACGAAGAGACAAAUGAAGAUGAGCAUCGCCCUUACAAGGAUCCACCACAGUCAGGAAAUCCAGGGUUCAACCUAGGUGAAAGACCUAUGAAUUUCCAUGAGAAAUCUGCUGCAAAACAAAAGAAAAAGGCUGCACCAAGAUUGUGUGGACUUUGCAGGUUGCCUGGACACAAAAGACCAAAAUGCCCAGACAGAGACAAGGUUGGCAUGAAGGUAGCAGGAUGA